CCUUCCGGCGGAGCAGCUGCUAGCUAGAGGACUGAAGAAAAUUACUACAGCUUCUGGAUAUGCAGUGCUCAUCCUAAGAUCCAGAGAGUCACCUUUUACGGAACCCAGCAGCACCAUGAAGUCUAAUCCUGCCAUCCAAGCUGCCAUUGACCUUACAGCGGGUGCUGCAGGGGGCACAGCAUGUGUACUGACCGGGCAGCCCUUCGACACGAUGAAGGUGAAGAUGCAGACGUUCCCUGACCUGUAUCGGGGCCUCACUGACUGCUGCCUGAAGACCUAUUCGCAGGUUGGGUUCCGUGGCUUCUACAAGGGCACUAGCCCAGCACUGAUUGCCAACAUCGCUGAGAAUUCGGUGCUCUUCAUGUGCUAUGGCUUCUGCCAGCAGCUGGUGCGGAGAGUGGUGGGACUGGACAGGCAGGCAAAGCUGAGUGACCUGCAGAACGCAGCUGCAGGAUCCAUUGCCUCUGCCUUUGCAGCGCUGGUGCUGUGCCCCACAGAGCUCGUGAAGUGCCGGCUCCAGGCCAUGUUUGAAAUGGAGACAUCAGGAAAGAUAGCCAGAAGCCAGAAUACAGUUUGGUCUGUCGUGAAAAGUAUCCUUAGGAAGGAUGGCCCCUUGGGCUUCUACCAUGGACUCUCAAGCACUUUACUUCGGGAAGUACCUGGCUAUUUCUUGUUCUUUGGGGGCUAUGAACUAAGCCGAUCAUUUUUUGCAUCAGGGAGAUCAAAAGAUGAACUAGGCCCUGUCCCUCUGAUGUUAAGUGGUGGAGUUGGUGGAAUUUGCUUGUGGCUUGCUGUAUACCCAGUGGAUUGUAUCAAAUCCAGAAUUCAGGUUCUUUCUAUGUCUGGAAAACAGGCAGGAUUUAUUGGAACCUUUCUAAGUGUUGUGAGAAAUGAAGGAAUAGCAGCUUUAUAUUCUGGACUGAAACCUACACUGAUUCGAGCCUUCCCUGCCAAUGGCUCGCUGUUUUUGGCCUAUGAAUACAGCAGGAAGUUGAUGAUGAGCCAGAUGGAAGCAUUCUGAAGUGCCUGGUGGGCCUGCCUCCAAAGCAUAGGUGUAUGAGGACUACUGAUCAUCUCAGGGUUUCAUGGAGUACAAGAACAACAUGGAAUUGUUUUGAUUUAUUGGAAAUUUUCUCCUUAUCUUCCCUUCUGCCCUAAACCAUAAACUUGAUGAAAGCACUUCUGUUUUACGUCACACAGUUUCUGGCCAUAAUUGAAAGGGAAAAGUUGCUGCUCUGGCCCUUGCUAUAAUAUGCCAGAUGGCUUGUGGUCAUGUGCACUUAACUUGAGAGGCUGCAUGUGGUUUUGUUGGGGCACUGUUUAUGCAUAAAACCGUGUAUACAUGCAGUUUGGAUAUUUAUGUAUGGAGGGAAACACAGUUUGGUGCCAUGAUUAACCUCAAAUAUUACCAGAAAACCCAAAGGCAACUUUGUGUAUAUGUGAAAAUGGUUAUAAAUGAUCGUUUAACCAAUUCUAGGUGUAGUAAAAGUCUACUGAACCUAUGUACUAAGAGGUUAAAGGUUUUUAAGGGGUACUUGGAAACUAAAGUAUUCAUGUAGCUUUUUAAGAAAAUAGGCCAGCAUACUGGUGUGGCUUCUGCAUUCCUGACAAAGUUUCAGAGUGGCUGCCAUUGUGGAUUUUUUUUCAUGAUGCUUUCCUAUUAGUGCCAUUCGUUUUCUAGGUGGGCUUGUAUUCUGCAUUCUGACUGUACUGCUAGAUGUGGUCCAAACCAUCAGGCCUUUGGGAAGCAGUAUAGCUCUUACCAGCUUCCUCCCUCCCCUUCUCCCAAAGAGCUUCCCCUGAGCUGGGCUGUAGAUAAAGGAUAGGCCGAUGGGAUGGCUGUGCUACUGGGCUGUGAUGAAGAUCCAUGUGGCUCAUAGCAACUCUUACCUAUUUCCAUCUCUUUGUCCCGACCUGGAUAGAUUUGCAGUCCAUCCACUUUGGAAUACUCGUAGUCCACCUGUCCUACUUUGCUUUUACCAAUUGGGAGCUUUGUCAAAGGGGAGAGAGGGCCAAAGCCA